AUGAAUUGGAAUUAAUUUGAGGCAAUUCACUAAGAUGUAAUAUAAAACUUAUAAAAUAAUGGUUUUAAUACUCCAACACCAGUAUAAGUUGAAGUUCUUAAUAAUUACCAAUAACAUAAGCAUAUUAUAAUAGCAUCUCAAACAGGAUCAGGUAAAACUUUAGCAUUUGGAAUUCCUUUAAUUUCAGAGAUUCUUAAGAAUAUGAAAAAUUAUACCGAUAAAUAGAUUAUAGCUUUAAUUUUAACACCAACAAGAGAGUUGGCAAUGUAAAUUUAUAAACAUUUGAAAGCUAUAACAAAUUUAUCAAUUGGUUGUUUAGUAGGAGGAAUGGCUAAAGAGAAAUAAAGGAGAGUUAUCAAUUCAGCUCCACUCAUUUUAAUUGCUACACCUGGUAGAUUAUGGGAUUUCAUAGAAAAUGAAGAAAAUGAUAAAAUUAAAAAAUUAAAUCUCAUUAAAUUCUUGAUUAUAGAUGAAGCUGAUAGAAUGGUAGAAUUAGGACAUUUCCCAUAAUUAGAUAAUAUUAUGACUAAAAUAACAACACCAUCAUCAAUUACUCAUGAUAAAGAAAGAAUUAUAUCUAUGAUGAAAGAAUAAAGUGAAGCUGUUUAUCUUAAUAAUUAAAAAAUUACAUUUGAAGUUGAAAAACCAGUUGAAAUGACUUAUGAAGACUUUUUAAAAUUAUAAAAUGGUAAAGGAAAAAUAUAUAUUGAUAAUGAUAUUAUUCAAAAUCAAGAUAUUGAAGAAAUUAAUAACGAUGAUCAAGAAUUGAUUGAAUAAGAAGAUUAAGAGGAUUAAGAAGAUUAAGAGGAUUAGGAAGAUUAAGAGGAAGAAGAAGAAGAAGCAGAAGAAUAAGAAGUAGAAGAAGAGGAAGAUUAAGAAGAUUAAGAAGAUUAAGAAGAUUAAGAUUCAAAAUAAGAAAUAUAAGAAGAUGAGAGUGAAAAUGAUAAUGAUGAAUAAGAUCAAGAUAAUUUAGAUGAUUAAGAUAAUAAAUCAAGAUAAAAAAAGUUUAAAAAAGAAUAAAAAAAAAAGAAACCUUAAAAUUUUUAAUAAAAAGAUUAUUCCUUAAAAACUAGAAAUGAAUUAAGAACAUUUUUAGUUUCUGCAACUUUAACUCAUUAAUUUAAGACUGGAUCAAAAUUUUAAUUUCUUAAAUCCUCUAAAAAUGAUUAAUAAAACUCAGCUGAUAAAUUAUUAAUAAAAUAAAUGAAAGCAACUGUUCCUAAAUUAUAAUCUUUAUUGGGUAAAUUAAAAAUAAAAGAAUAACCAUAUAUAAUUGAUUUAACAUAGUAACUUGUAUUUCCAGAAAAAUUAUAAUUCUUUAAAUCAUUAAUGGAAGAAGAUGAUAAACUCUUACAUAUAUAUCAUUGGUUUAAAAAUAAUGAAGAUUAGACAUUCAUAAUAUUUUUGAAUUCAAUAACAUAUGCUAAUAAAGUUACAUCAAUGUUAAAAGUUCUUGGAGUAAUUAAAUUAUAUUAUAAUUUUAGCUUCCAGCUGUCACAUUACACUCUUAACAAUAAUAAAGAUAGAGAUUAACAAAAUUAGAUUAAUUUACAGCAAAAAAGAGCAAUAUUUUAGUUUGUACUGAUGUUGCAGCAAGAGGUUUAGAUAUAGUAGGAGUUGAAAAUGUUAUUCAUUAUUAAGUACCUUUUACUGCUGAUACAUUUGUUCAUAGAUGUGGUAGAACUGCUAGAAUCAAUAGAGAAGGAAAAACAUUAGUAUUAAUUGGUCCAAAAGAUAUGGCAAGAUUUGCUAAAUUAGAAACUGAUUUAUUAAGUAGUGGAAUUAAAUUUGAAGAUUUUAAAUUAUCUUUUAAUCAAGUUAAAAAAACUAGAGAUUUGAUAAAAUAAGCAUAAAAAUUAGAAAAAGAAGAUCACUCUUUAAAAAAAAAGAAGAACAUGAAAGAUGCGCUUUAAAAAUAAUUAAAUAAUGAUGAUUUUGAUUUAGAUGAAAAAGAAUUAAAAUAAGAAUUAGAAAAUGUAUUUCUUAUUAUUAAUAUUAUAGAUUGAAGAAGAAUUAAUCAAAAAAAGAUAGAAAUUAAAUCAUGAAAAAAUGCAAUAUUAACAAAUAGUAUCAUAAAAAAACAAACUUGAUAAUAGAUUUGAAAGAAGAAGAAAUGGUUUAUUUUUAACUCCUGAAGACACAUUGCAAUUAGCUGAAAAAUUGAAGUAAUAAAAAGAGAUGCUUCAAUUCAAAUAAUAAUAACACUAAAAACAAAAAGGAUGA